UCAUAACAGACUAAAGAAGAAAAUAAAAGAAUGUGAGCAACCAUGAAGACCCUCAUCUUCCUCGCUUUCCUGGGAGCUGCUGUUGCUUUGCCCACUGACAACGAUGAUGACGACAAGAUCGUCGGAGGGUACACCUGUCAGGCGAAUUCAGUCCCCUACCAGGCGUCCCUGAACUCGGGCUACCACUUCUGCGGCGGCUCCCUCAUCAACGAUCAGUGGGUGGUGUCCGCGGCUCACUGCUACAAGUCCCGAAUCCAGGUGCGUCUGGGAGAACACAACAUUCAACUCACUGAGGGCAAUGAGCAAUUCAUUAAUGCUGCCAAGAUCAUCACUCACCCCAAAUACAACAAAUCCACCAUGGAUAAUGACAUCAUGCUAAUUAAGCUGAGCUCAAAAGCCAAGCUCAGCUCUCGAGUGUCCACGGUCUCUCUGCCAAAAUCCUGUGCAGCUGUUGGUACUCAGUGCCUCAUCUCCGGCUGGGGCAACACCCUGAGCAGCGGCACCAACUACCCUGAUCUCCUGCAGUGUCUGAAGGCUCCCGUCCUCUCUGACAGCACCUGCCGCAGCUCCUACCCAAACCAGAUCACUAGCAAUAUGAUCUGCCUGGGCUUCACGGAGGGUGGCAAGGACUCUUGCCAGGGUGACUCUGGUGGCCCCGUGGUCUGCAAUGGACAGCUCCAGGGUGUCGUCUCCUGGGGCUAUGGCUGUGCUCUGAGAGGCAAACCUGGUGUCUAUACCAAGGUCUGCAACUACGUGAGUUGGAUUCAGCAGACCAUCGCUGCCAACUAGACACCUGUAUCUCUUCAUGUCUUGUCUCCUGUUAUACAGCUUCACCUUCC